ACCCAUUAUGUCCAAAUCAUUUAGUUGCCCAGAAACAUUCUUCCUAUAAUCGCAAUACCUUCCCAAAUUAGAGCCACAUAAGCUAUUUGUAUCAUUUCUUUCACAUAGCCAUCAGCCUUACCAAAAUUUCUUUCAAAUGGGGCGUUGGAUGAGGCCAGAGGUCUACCCACUAUUGGGUGCAAUGGCAUUUGUAACUAGCUUGUGUACCUUCCAGCUUACAAGAAACGUGUUCCUGAACCCAGAAGUCAGGAUCAACAAAUCUCACCGUCUUGCAGGAGUGCUGGAUAAUGAAGAGGAAGGAGAGAAAUAUGCUCAGCAUGGUCUCCGGAAGUUCCUUCGGACUCGCCGGCCUGAGAUUAUGCCUGCCAUCAACCGUUUCUUCACCGACGAAGAUAAAUAAUUUUAUGGCUUCAAAAUAUAAUCCACAGUUGUAACACAUGGUUGUCAAUAAAUUCAUUUUCUUAUUUUA